AUGGCGCAGCUACCGUUUUCCGACGUCUGCAAGCUCUUGGACGUCCAUCAUCGUCAUCUCCUCGACCCCCUCGACGCCCCCGCCGGCGCCGCGCUGCUCUCGACCCUGCUCCCUGCCAAGCGCACCGACCGAGUCUAUCAUCUCCAGGAUUCGCGCCUAGAAAAGAUCUUUGAGCGCGCCCAGCGCCUGGGCGACAGUCGCCUUAGGGAUCUCCGUAGAUACAAGGUGCCGGGUUCCGGCCUAGAUCUCGCCGAUUGUAUUUAUGCUAUUCUCAGUGCCACGCCGAACCCCAACCAAGCGCUGGCCAGCGUUCUCGAGGUAGACAACCUGCUACGGGCCGCCGCGGCAAGAUCAGAAGCUGUACAUGCGGCUGUCUCCCUCGAAGCCAAGUGGCUCACCCGCCUCGUGCUCAAGGACUUCCGCGUCAUCGACGUGGACGAAUCCGUCAUCUACCGGGCCUACCACGGCCUCUUACCCCGCAUCUUGCGCGUGCGGGACAACAUCCCCGCCGCCGCCAACGUGCUGCGCGAUAUCCUCCGCGAGGAGCGGAGGACCGGGCUAGGCGCGGUGGGGAGGCCGUUUUGGCGCAAGGCGCGGAGCAUCAAGCACUGCUUGGACAUGGGCCACGGGUUCAUGAGCGUAGAGAAGAAGAUUGACGGCGAGUACUGCCAGAUCCAUAUAGACUUGAGCAAAGGGCGUGACUGCAUACAAAUAUUUUCUAAAAGUGGCAAGGAUAGCACCAAGGACAGAAUCCGCGUCCACGAGCAGAAAUGCAAGAUCCUCCCAUUCCACAAGGUUCGGAACCACGUAACGAGGUCUGGUCGCUAUCUCGGCAGCGAGAUGGAUUCGCCGCCACGGAGUACUGAGCAUUUAAUGGUCAUCUACUACGACGCCUUUCUCAUCGAUGACGAAUCCCUACUCGGAGUCCGUCACUCACGGCGAAUGGAAAUGCUCAAAGACAUCCUUAGCCUCCGGUCCGGGUACGCGGAGCUUGUGGAGCGGCGGGUUCUCAACUUCAACAAGCCACAAGCCGCAUCAGACCUCCGAAGCAUGUUUGCCAACUGCAUCACCUCGUGCGAGGAAGGAUUGGUGAUCAAAGCAGACGAGCCGAUGAUGGUCUUCAACGAGCUUCGGGAAGAUUUUACAGGGUGUCCCAUCAAGUUCAAGAAGGAGUACAUCGGAACCUUUGGCGACCUCGGGGACCUAGCCGCGGUGGCGGCGCGAUACGACUCGCGCAGAGCCAAGGUGCUCCGGAUCCCCAACCUCAAGUGGACGCACUUUUACCUCGGCUGCUUGACGAACAAGUCCUCGCUGCACCUCCCGGGUACCGUACCCGAAUUUACCGUUGUCGUGGUUGUGGAGCCCGACGCAGCGUUUCUCAGCACCGUCGUGGCCCAUUGCCAACCCGGUGCCCCGACGUUUGUCCUGACGCGGCCACCCAUCUUCGACGUCCGGUGCUUCGCGUUUGAGAAGCCGGGCAACGUGGGGUUCUACACCCCGCGCUUCACCACGGCGAGCAAGGUCCACUUCGACCGGGCCAUCGGUGACGUGAUGACGUUUGACGAGCUGCAGCGGGUGGGGCAGCGGGCCAUGGCAGAGCGGCCCUGGGAGGACGGAGAGAGCCAGGAGUUCCUCAAGUGGGUGGGCAAGCUGGAGAAGGCGGACCCGAAAGGGUUCGCGGUGGACAGGGUCACCCAGUCGACGGUGUCCUCGGGGCCCUCGCCCUCGCCGCAGCCGCAGUUUCAGCCACGAUUGCUUGGGGACCAUGGCAUGCUGCCGCCGGGGAGGAGAUCGAUGAGUCUAGGGGCGGAAAGCAUAGUCGGCGGAACCGAGCGCUAUGGGGACGGAAGCCCCAAAUCUGCUCAAAAGGCUUCCCACCAGUCACCAAACCCCACAUCCCCCAGCAGAGCCCUCACCCACCAGAAGAAGAAGCAGAAGAAGAACACCAGAGACGGCGGCAGCGGCACCAUCAAGCCCACAGCCAGCAGCCAAGACACCCAGAGCCAGCAAACCAGAAGUCAUCGAGAUUCCCGACAGCGAGGACGAAGACGCAGCAGCAGUAGACACUCCACUGCAGCAGCAGCAACGAGCAACAUGCAAGCACCGAGGCGCGCACUGCUGGUUCGCCGAGCGAACGGUCCUCCUCGGCCCCGCCUCUGGCGCCGCAAAGUCAUCACAGACAAGCUCCUCCGGCGGCACGGGAUCGAGGGCUACAUCACGGACUACGAGGCAUGGAUGCCCGCGGCCCCGGAGCGGCGGCCGGCCGGACGCAAGAUUUGCCUGGUCGAGGCCGGCCGGCGCGAGGAGACGCGCGCGUUCCUCGACGACCUCGAGGGCAGGCCGCUGACCUUGGCGGACGGGGGCCGGGAGUACGUCGAGGUGUACGAUUGGCGCGUGCUCGAGGACGUGGCUACGCUCGAGGAAGAGCAAGGGCAAAGGGCGAGGCUGGCCAACGGCGCCGGCGCGGGGGCGGUGCGACAGGACCCGUGGAAGAAGUGGUGGGUGGGCUUGGUAUGA